AUGACGCUGUCAAACCAGAUCGCACAAUCCUCCAAGCAGGCCGAAGAGGAGGCCAAAAUCCGUCAUGUCAUCAACAACCUCGAAGCCAUCAACCGCAAACUGAGCGAGGCGGAUCCCACGGAAAUCAUCGAAUGGGCCAUCGACAACCUGCCCAGUCUGUACCAGACCACUGCUUUCGGCAUCACGGGCUGCAUCACGGUCGACAUGAUCUCGCGCAUCAGCGAGCAACGUGCGGUCAAGCAGGGUGUUCCCGUCCAGCACCUCGUGCCCCUCAUCUUUGUCGACACCCUUUACCACUUCCCUCAGACGCUCGACCUCGCACACAAGGCGGCCAAGCACUACAACGCCGAGAUGUACACCUACUACCCACCGGGCACCAAGACGGUGCGCGAGUUUGAGGACAAGUGGGGGCCCCAAUUGUGGGAGAAGGACGAGGAGACGUACGACUACCUCGUCAAGGUGGAGCCUGCGCGACGAUCGUACGAGGAGCUCGGUGUUCGUGCGGUCUUUACGGGACGACGCCGAUCGCAAGGUGCCGACCGCGCCUCGCUCAAGGCUGUCGAAGUGGACGAGACGGGACUGGUCAAAGUCAACGCGUUGAUGAACUGGUCCUUCGGUCAGGUCGACACGUACGCAAAGAACAACGCCGUGCCGUACAACGAGCUGCUGGACCUGGGCUACAAGUCGAUCGGCGACUGGCACUCGACCAGCCUCCCCGGCGCAGGCGACUCGGGCGAGCGCUCCGGCAGGUGGAAGGACAAGGCGGGCAAGACCGAGUGCGGUCUGCACAAGGACUACUUCAAGAUGAAGAACCUCGCCGAGAAGAAGUUGAGGGAAGCCGAGCUCGCAAGGAAAGACGAGGCGAGGGACAAGGCGGCCGAGGCGGCGACCGCGACGCCUGCAGCCGCUGCGUGA